AUGGCAGAGAGAAGCCCCUGGUGGAAAUCUUUGGUUAGGAAGAAAGUCUCUUCCAGGGACUCCGAAGUAACCCAUAAGGAGAGCGGCCCGGAGAGCCAACCUGGUCCGGAGAAGAUCCCGGCCGGCGGUGGCAAACCGUCCACGGAAUCUAAGGAGAACAAGGACUCCAGCUUAAUAAGCAACGAGACCUAUGACGAUUCGCAGUUUGAGCCCGUGUUUAAUGAGAAAACGUGUCGGCGCACCUGGAAAGUUUCCCGUUCCGGACGUUUUAAAGAGAAACGGAGAAUAAGAGCCACGCUACCCGAAAAUAACAACUUCUACGAAGGAAACAGCGCGUCUGGCAAAGAGACCUUCCGCUGA